UCAUGUUUUUAUGAUAAAACUCGUCUAUUCCCAUUUCAAGGGUGUGUCUCUAAAGAUUAACCCUCUUUAUGUGAAAAUACCGAAAACGUAUUUCGAUUUUUCAUGUAUCAAUUAUAUUAAAACAUGCAUUGACGUUCUUGGUUGAGUUGUCUGAUCUAUACCAAGUUGAGAAAGGAUACGUUAGUGUUUCUUGAGUUACAUGAACGCAAUUGUUGAUUUUUUGAAUCCUUAUGCCUUCACUAAACUUACAAGACUGAAUAAAAUAGCUCGCCAGGAAGUUCCUGGUAGGAACUGAUUUAUCAUCAUCAUACAGUUGUGAAAAACCAAUUGAAACCAAUUUGAAAAAUUUUACAAAUCAUAAGUGCAAUUGUGACCGAAUGCAGCAUCCUACGCAACAUUUGAUGAGACGAAACUUACUUUUUCAAUGUCUCUUUCAAAAAUUAAAUUUAUUUUCAAUUUAUAGAGAGUCGAUUCCUAGUGACACACCCAUUUGCUUAUCUUAAGCGAUGGUCGCAAUUUUUUGCGUCAGCCUUUGAGUGCUUUUCUGGAUAGUCCAGAAAGAUUUUAGUGUGUACUAAAUGGAGUCAUUUAAUUCCUGAGCGAACCAAAAAAGUUAAAUAUUUUAUGGAGGAUCCUGGUUAUGCAUCUGAUUAUGUUUAUUAUCAAGGAAGAGAUUUGAUUGAUGGAACCUGUCUGAGCACAUUAUUUCCAAGUUUAAUAAUGGCUGAAUUUUCUUUUAUAUUCGAUUUGAAAGCAAAAUUUGAAGAUACCGUUGCGUUUGUCAGAAAUCAAGAAUCUCUGAAAGCAUUAAUGAUUUACAAAGAAACAGAUGAAUAUUGUGACAAACUCGAAAUGCUAUCCCUUACAUUUGUUGAGAAAAGCUUUCUAAGAAAUGUCUCCAGUGUAAAGCAAUUGUACAUUCUUUAUGCACAUCUUGAUUUCUUUAGUGAUGCACAUUAUUUUCAAAAUCUUGAAAGACUACAUAUUCUACUGGAAGACAAGCAAUACGAUGGUCCAGUAUUGGAAAAGCUUAAAGUAGUUGAAUUAGGCUUCACUGCUGAUGAAAAAACAAAUUAUUAUGGUUUCCAGUUCAUGGAUUCAUGCCCAAAUUUACAGAGUGCACAUAUAUCCGUGCAAGGUAAUCUUUUGUGUGUUAAUGAAACAUUAAAACACGAACGCUUGCAAGAUUUGGUUUUACAUUUUAUGGACCAAAUCGAAUGGGAUGGUUUUGAAGGAGUUUUUAGAAAAUAUCCGAAUCUCAAACAUCUUAGGUUGAAAGGCAAAUUGUUUUUACAAGAUGAAAAUAUCGAGCAAUUGGUUAACAUUUUACCAAAUUUAGUGCUACUUGAUGUUAGUGGAUGUAUUGGAUUGCCAAUUGUCAGUAACAGAGCUGCUGAUUAUGUUACAAAUUAUUGUGCACGACAUGGAAGAUCAAUCAAAUUUUACUACGAUGAGAAUCGCCAUGAAAUCAAAUCAGAUUGGCCGCAGUUAUCCACUAAAAUUGAAAAAAUUAGUCGAGGUUUUGAUUUUAUGAAACAUUGCUUCCUCAAAAAAUUCAAAGAGCUUCCAUUUUUCUUGAUUCCUAUUGAUUAUUGAAAACCACAUAUUCAGUAAUACACAAUAUGUAUUUGUUAAAGAAUAUUUUGUAAUCUAAAGAGAUUUAUCUUUAUCGUUUAAUCAAUUUAUAGAACCAUGAAAAGUUGAAUCAGACAAAUGACUUGCAUUGAAAAAUUUGGUGCCAUAAUUUUACGCACGACGAUCGGAGUUUAAACUUUAACCUCGAUUGAAUUGAAUUCAAUAAAUGGACUUUAUUCUAUUCUAUCCACUAAAAAAGAAAAAAUCAGUCGAGGCUUUGAUUUCAUGAAACAUUGUCUUCUUAAAGAUUUUAGUCGCCUUCCACGUUUCUUGAUUCCUAAUGAUUAUUAAAAGCUACAUAUUAUAA